GCCAAGCCCACAAUGAUUCCUCUACUUAAGUUAGUUCUCUCUGCUGCCAUUGCCUAUCACGUUGAAGCUGGAACUGUAAAGCUGAAUGUCUCACUGCCAUCUCACACAUUCGAGGGAUCCCUGACUGUAGGAAGUAGUUCUCACGAUAGAUUCAAGAGCUGCAUCAUUGAUGAAUUAUUUUCUGGCAUUCAAAUUAGAGAUAUGACCGAAAUAAGGGCAUUUUCUAACAACUACAGACUAGAACAUUUUGGUACUUGUGACCAGAUUGAUAGCAUCCACAUUAAUGUAAAUUAUAACGUUACAAGCAUAGCAACAAUGAACUGCUCCAAGUUUGUGCAAGCAAAAUGCGAGAUGUAUUGCGAGGCUGUAUUUGCAACAGCCGACAUUAAUACAUCGAUAAAAGCACUUCAGAACCAUACGUCAAUACAAAACUGUAUUUUCAAGCUAAGAAAAAUCGUAAAUCCUAUAUCUGGACAAGUCAGAGCUAAAGAGGUUUUGGAAAACUCGGAUAAUAAAAACCUGACUUCGUUGGUUCUCGGAAUAGCGUUCGGAGCGGCCAUUUUGGUGAUAUUUAUAGCCUUUUUUACUAGCGCCGGUGGGAAAUUUAAACGUUUUAAAAUGUUCACAAAACAAGUGCAAAAAUGUGAUGAUUUUUGCCUCGCCGAGGUGAGUGAUGCACUAAACAGUCGUGCGGACUUGGAUGAUUGCCCAGACAAUAUCUACUCAACCUUAGAUGGAGACGGGGAUCCUGAAGCAGGGAGGGGGGAGCCCGACAGGGGCGUGUACUCACUCCCCGCACGUGAGGGCCGUUACAGUGUCUGUCUUUACGAGAACAUGGGCGUAAGCAAUGAUCAGGCCAUGGUCAAGGUUGAUGGCGAUCUGCUCAAAACUGUUGACGGUUAUCAAGAUGAUUAUAUUGACGUCAUAGAUCGCCAUGAUCAUGUCGUUAAAAUGAAAGGUCAAAUCAAGGUCGAGGUCGAUAUCGGCGAUUCGCUAAAAACUGUUGACGGUUAUGAAGUUGAUUAUAUUGACGUCACCGAAACCUCUGAUUAUGUUCAGACAAUUAUAAAUCAGGCAAAGAUCAAGGUUAAUAGCGGCGAUCCGAUAAAAACUGUUAACGGUUAUCAAGUUGAUAAUAUUGACGUCACCGAAACUUCUGAUUAUGUCCAGACAAUUAUAAGUCAGGCAAAGGUCAAGGUUGAAGGGGCAGAUCUGCCAACCACUGGCAACGGUCACCACGACGAUUACAUCGACGUCACGGAACUUAUGUUAAUGUAUGCCACACCAAGCUAACACAGGAUCCGUAUGUA